AUGAUUUUCGGUCGAUCUGGCACGACCAUGCUGGUCACCUUAGGGCAAAUUUUGCUUCUUGCAGAUGUGCUGCAGUUUGCACAGGGUGAUAUCAUAGUGCCAGACCUUGUCAUUGAACGUAACAGAAGCUCUGUUGCAGGAAAAAGAGACGAUGCUGGCGAUAGUGGAUGGGUAGCCGUCACUGGCUGGAAGUCAUUCCUACUGCAUACGGCUACCUGUGGAACCUCAACCGUCGAAUCCGAGAUCACGUCUGCUGCCACUAAAAGAGACACCGAAACAGUGAGUGUCAGUGACGCUACCAAGGCAAUGUUUGCCGAUAUCUUGGAUGAUAUCUUGGAAAUUAACAGGGGUGCUGUUGAUACUAUCGAAACAAUUGCAUCGGCUUGGAAUAAGAUGGACCAGAGAAAAGACCUUACAGCAAAGGAGAAGUCACAGGUCGACUUUUACAUGGCCAUGUAUGGUACUUUCAAGGAAACCGACAGUACUGGCAUGGACAGAGCCGAAGAGCGGAUUUUGCAAUUGGAGGACUUUGCAAACAAAUACGUUGAAGGCCUGGACAAGGAUUCUUUUAACAUCCGUAUCAUCUGCGGGACAUCUGCCUGGGAGCUCGGUGAUUAUGACGAUGAAAAUGGUGUUGAACAAGAGGGCUGGAUGCUUGACGAUGGUGCAAGGACUUACGUCUUUAAAAGAGGGGGUACUUCGCAGAAUAACAUUUGUCAAAACGAUAAAGGCAAAUCAACGAGUCUUGCAUUCAUGAUGGCCGGAAAUGAUGGCCACGACUACAUGACCAUUUGCCCCCUUGGGUGGGAUAAGUUCGAGGAAGCUACACCUAUUCCUGUACAAAAGGCGAAAUCGCUUUCGGAUUUGGAAUAUGAAGACAUGGAUGAUAUUGUAAAAAGCACAUUGGAUGCUACUGUCGUGCACGAACUGACUCAUUCAAACUCUUUCUGGGGAACUGCUCAGACAAAUGAUGAGGCUUUAGAUGAUGGGACAACGGCUUAUGGCUUUGACAAGAUCGUUGAGCUUGCCAAGCAAGGUAACAGUGAGAGUGAUGCCUCCAAGCUCAGGUCCUUCAAGAAUGCUGACACCUAUACGUAUUGGGCCGUGGGUGCAUACAUAACUCAAUGCGACUGGUCGACAGGAAGUUGCAUGAAUCCGGCAGACCUGAUGUUUUGA